GUUGCUGGGUUCGACAGAACCCAGCUCCACAUUUUUUUUUUGUUUGUUUAUAUGAACAACUUUUUUUUGUUCUGAUGAAUCACAAAAUUGUUCAUCUCUAUUCUUUGAAUCUGCUUUUUUAUAUUUUUCCUUGUGUUGUUCUAGUGCCCAUGGAUUGGGAACUGCAGCUUUGUCAGCCAAGGAACCCGAGGCUCUUCCCUUCUGCGCCAUCGCAUAUGCACUCACAGGAGUUUGAGAAUUUGUAUCAAAACAAGCAAAUUAAGUGGCAAUGCAUCCAUUAUUGAAUUAUUCAUUUCUUACUUCUCUACCCAAGAUUUAUUGUCUGAAUUAUAUGUAUAAAAAAAACAUAUGGAUUAAAACUCAGAAAAUGCUACUUUGCAUUUGAGAACUGAUGUUUUGAUAUGUAUUUCAUAUGUUUGGAUCGUUAUGGAUAAUAAGAAGCCUUUGGCUUCACGGGCUUUUGGAUGUUGAGAAGCCUUCCAGCUUCUCAUGCACAAUGGAGCCACCUUGUCGUGCUCCGGUGUGCAUUGACCACCUUGUGUGAUAUGGUGGCCAACAAGCCAACCAUGUUGAAAUUAGGGGUGGCCGUUGAUCUCCUUGCCCUGACAUUGUGAAGACUGAGCUCAUCUUCAAGGGUAGAUUGAAGGAUGUCCAGCUUCUGGAACGAUCAACCAAAGGAAUUUGUAAUCUUAGGUUCCUUAGAGGUUGUUCGUGUGAUUUUCACUAUCUUUCUUCUAUUUGUUCUUUGAUGAACUUGAUCUACUCUGAUUGUUGUCUCUAGUUGGAUUUUCUUUGGUCUAUCAUGUGUUCUUAUCACUGUGAUGAAAAUCCUUACUGUAGAUGCUGUAUGGCUAUGUUUUAAUUAAUUAAACAAGUUCUG